AUGGAUCACUUUGUCGCGGCGCUGAGCGAGGAGCAGGAGCGCAAGCUGUCGCCCGAGAUUGAGCGGGAGCGCGAGGUGCAGCGGGCUGCGCCUGAGAAGCCCGCGUUGCAUGCCCUGCAUCCGGACAUGGUCACCUACGUGGCGACGGGCCGCCUGGCUGCGGAUUCGUCGGCCCGGGUGCCAGCUUUUGCCUCGCUGUCGGCUACGAGUGCCGCGCGCCCCUAUGAGGCGCAAAUGCUACUGCCGGCGAUCCAGAAAUCCACCAGUGUGGCCUUGUGUCUGUACGCGCCGCGGCCGAACCCGGGCUAUAGUGCGCUGGAUGCUUUGGACUUAUACACGGUGCCGGAGCAGCUGGACGUAUGUGUGCCUCCGCAAUUCGCCAUCUGUUUGAAUGUAUUUGCCGGGCAGCUGUAUUUUGGGUCCGAGCUGGAGGCCAUCCGCGUCUGUCACUAUCUUGGCAUCAACUUGUCGAUGGCUAUUACCCUGCCCAUGAUGAUCUGUGGUCGACAAGCGAUGCCCAAGACUGUAGUUUUCGACCGCACUGGCGGGGACACGCCCAAGACGGAUGAGCCUAAGACAGAUGAGCCCCAGCCGAAUACUGCCGAGGGGCGACGCAUGCGACGACGUAAAUUGUUUGACAAUCAACAGCGAGAUGACGAGCUCGCAGCCAGUACAAUCGUAGCGACUUGGAACAAGCAUCAAUACAUUGGAGCGACUUACCCCACCCUACGAAGAAUAUUGUUUCGCCAAGGACGAUGGCAGGCGGCAACCGCGGCAGUCGCAUCGAACGAGCAGAAUCCUGCCGCCCCGUUGCCAAGAGCAGAGAUGGACAAGAAAAAUGCCCUCUACCAACGUCGAUCGCCUGGCUGCCGCAUGAUGAUAAAUUAA